GCUCCUUUCCGCUACCUCUCUGGUGUAAGAUGGCGGCGCGGAGGGAAGCUGGAGCAGCAACGGCGGCGACCACCGGCACCAGCACCAGCGCCAGCACCAGCGCGCCGACCACGGCAGCGGCAGUGGUAGCGGCAGCGGCAGCGGCGCCAACAACAACAGCGGCGGCGGCGGCAGCAGCAGCGGCGGCGGCCGGGCUCGAUUCUCCCGUCAAACAGGUCCAGAUCGACGGUCUCGUUGUCCUGAAGAUCAUUAAACAUUUCCAGGAGGAGGGGCAAGGUAACGAAGUGGUCCAAGGUGUACUUCUAGGACUUGUGGUGGACGAUCGGCUUGAAAUUACCAACUGUUUCCCCUUCCCUCAGCAUACUGAGGAGGAUGCUGACUUUGAUGAAGUUCAGUACCAAAUGGAAAUGAUGAGAAGCUUGCGUCAUGUUAACAUUGACCACCUCCAUGUUGGCUGGUAUCAGUCAACUUACUAUGGUUCUUUCGUCAGCCGAGCUCUUUUGGACUCCCAGUUUAGUUACCAACAUGCGAUAGAAGAGUCUGUGGUCCUCAUCUACGAUCCAAUCAAAACUGCACAGGGCUCUCUUUCACUGAAAGCUUAUCGACUGACUCCAAAAUUAAUGGAAGUUUGCAAAGAGAAAGAUUUCACUCCUGAAGGAAUAAAGAAAGCACUCAUUACUUCCGAGAAUAUGUUUGAAGAAGUGCCCAUUACUAUCAAGAAUUCUCACCUUGUCAAUGUUCUGCUUUGGGAACUAGAAGAAAAAUCAAGUGUGUCUGAAAAGCAAGAACUUCUCAAUUUGGCUAGUGGAAAUCAUCUCGAGAAGAACCUCCAGCUUUUAAUGGACAGAGUGGAUGAAAUGAGCCAAGAUAUCAUUAAGUAUAAUACUUACAUGAGGAAUGUAAGUAAGCAGCAGCAACAGAAACAGCAAUAUCUUCACAGACGGCAGCUGGAAAAUACCCAACGGCAGACCAGAGGGGAGACACCAUUGCCAGAAGAGGACUCCAGCAAGUUAUUCAAACCACCUCAACCACCACCAAGACUGGAAACACUGCUUGUUGCAGGACAAAUUAAUGCCUAUUGCCAGCAGAUCAAGGAGUUCACAUCACAGAGCAUGGGCAAAUUAUUCAUGGCUGAAGCUCUUCAAGGUCAUAACAGCUGAAGUCUCAGUUGGAAAUGCUGCAGCUCAACGUGGUUUCCAAUACCAGAUCCAACAAAAUUCCAUUCUGAAAGGCUGCCUUGUCUAUAAAGCCAGUUCUGCACAUCCAAAACAGAUAGUGGAGGUUCAGUUGCCUCCAGUUUGUACGAAUGCAGUGAAAAUAAAUAAAUGAAUUUGAUGAUCACA